AUGUUCAGUAACCCGUGGAUUACUAACUAUCUCAACCACGUCACACAGUGUAGUCAAGGUCUUGUUGGUGAAACUCCUGCGAAGUUCUGCAGCCCUACACUACUGAAGAAACGUGCAGUAAGCUUUGGCGUUGAUGACAGGACUCCACAAGUUAAAAGCACCACAGAUAUAGAUGCUAACAUCCUUUCUGUGCUUCCCAAAGUUUCAGAUCUCAGGAAGCAAUUUGAAAGCGUAAUCGAAAGUAAUCCAAAAAUGAACAGAAAAGAGAGGAUAGCGCGCAGGCUGGAGGGGAUCGAAACAGACGUUCCCAGCGCUCUUGCUACAAGCGUGCAGGACACAGGCGGACUGGUGACCAAUCGGCUACUGGAGGAGGACACCCCACGUUACACCCGUGCUUCAGAUCCUAGUGAUACCGGCAUUGUGGUACGACGCUACAGUCAUGAUGAGAUCGAAGCUCCGGAAAGGCAAUCCCGAACUCGGAUGCGCCCUGAUCCACAGCAACCGACCCAUCCUGACACAGUGCCCCCGACCCCACAAGAGUCAGAUGCAGCCAGCCUCAGCUCCAAAGCCGAUCGGAUUGCGCGCUACAAAGCCGAACGUCGCCGCCAGUUAUCAGAACGUUACGGAAUCCUGCUCGACCAGGAAGUGGAUAUGGAUUAUGCGCCACGCUUCACACGUGCCCGCAGAGAGUCUGACCUGUCGGACAAAGCAACUCCACCUGACAGGUGGCAGGGUGAUAGCCGGACAAGGGAUGGGACUUUGCAAGAGCGGGAUAACAUUCAGGAACGAAACAGCAGCAAAUCCAAGUACAGCAGUUCAGGGAUGGGUCGGGUCUUUAUGCCUUCUGACUCUGAACAUGCUCCUCCAUCAGGCUUUGAGGCCGAGCGAGAGAGGGCAAUGAACUUGGAAAAUAGUAGACGUGCACCAGACCGAAGUCCCAAAUCCCGGCCGCAGGAAGCACAAGUUCCCAUGGAAACUACACCCACACAACCAACGAGGGGUGUCGCUGUUGUUACGGUGCCAAGUUCUCCUAGGACAGCGCGUCGAGCCUCUUUACCUUUGGCGCGGCAUGCCGGUAUCUCUCCUGGAGAUCUGUUUAUCGAACAACAAGCUCAAAACAUCCUCAACAGGCAGGGUCUGGCAGCUCUGUCUCAGAGCGAGUGGUCCCUCAGGAGAGAAGUGGACAAUGAAACAGACUCACAAAUCAACUGGCCAUCCAGAAUACGAGUAAGAGAGAGACAGGCAAGAGAGGAAAUCUCCGUAAGAGGUUCUGAUUCAGGGUCGGAUGCACCCUUGAUACAACGACAUCCAAAAGUGACCCCACCAUAUCUGGCUCCACGACCUCAAUCUGCAAACCAACCACGAACCCGGAGCACAGAACCCCCAAACCAGGGUGGUGAGACACGUCAACAAAGGGCGCACAGUGCGGAAAGACCACGGUUCCAGCGAACUCACAGCAUGGAUUCGGCUGCUAACCAGCACACACCCUUAAGUCAACAAGCAAGUAAUCAGCGUGCCCAAAGGGCAGAUCCCCCAAGCUAUGAGCAAGAGCCCGGAGUACACCCAAGCUUCAUGGGCCAUCAGCCAGGGUUCAGGCAAAUCAAGCAGUCUUUACCAAGGCGAGGUAGUUUGGAUGCUAAACAACUGUCCCAAACACAGGGAGCUAUCCAACAACCACACCGAGCAAACAAAGACCCCCAGCAGGCAUUACUUGGUCGUAGAGAUGGCCAUCCACCUGUUCAAAAAUAUCGGGCCAUCCUUCAACCGAUGCCUUUGGACCGACCAACUCAAGCUCAUCCACCUUCUAAGAAACCUCAAGAUGAAGGUACACAUCCAUCACAUGAACAAACACAAUAUGGUCCUGUUUUGGUUCACCCUUUGCAAUAUGGUUCAGUCCAAAAACUACCUCCAGCCUACGGACAAACUGUCCUUCCUACUCCUCCUUAUGGCAAUCCACCACAACCUUCGAUUUCAGUGAUGCACCAUGUGCCAGCACCUCCUCCUGAGAUGCUGGAUGCCAAAAGACACUUGGUUUCAUCAACAUCUAUAACCAAAGAGGGUGUAGAUGAUAAAAGAAAAGAUAGCGCCGACCAGAUUCAGUCCCUUCAAAGAGAAGGACGAUCAACAUCCAGGGUGGAUGCGCCUUUAGGAGGGCUACUUCGAAGCAGAAAGGCUGUGCUACCCUCAGAGAUCCGCCGCAGGGAAAAGAGUGUUGAUGAUCCCAUGCGUGGACAUGAUGAAGAUUUGGAAAGUUACAGAAUUAGAAGGAUUAGUGAGCCAGGCGUCCCAGAGGGAAGAAGUGAAAGGAAGUUUGAGGAAGGAGAAGGACAUGAUGGAAGAGGAACAUCUCAUAUGGAAGAAAGAACAGUAACAAGUAAAAAGGUAAUUGAUAUUCCAAAAGACAGAGAAGGUCUGGGUGUCAAAAAGAUGAGUCAGUCUGAGAUAAGAGAUAUAGAAGAUGGUUCAAAGAACAGCUGGAGAGGUGAAAAUAUAGUGCAAGGCAUAAAGAUUGGUCAAACAGAACGAAGAAAGCAAGGAAGUAGUAUUAAAAUAGAGGAGAGGAAAGGUAACUGGAGCAGUAACUUAGUGGGGGUCGACUUGGAAAGUUAUAAGAAGAUUGAUGAUUUCAAAGAAAGUGAAAGUCAAGUUGAUAGAAGAAGCCAAACUGCACAUGCAGUUGAACCACAUGUACACGGUGAUACUAAAAGGAUCAAGGACAUAGAGGAGCAAGAAAGCCACAGAUUUGUGGUAGAAGGACAUGGUAGAAGACGACGGGGAAAUCUGUCUGAAAGUGAUGACAUGCAUGUCAGAAGAAGAGGUAUAAACCAGUCGGAAGAUGGUUGGGAUGGACGUAGGGUACGCAAAAUUUGCCAGUUGGAUGAAUGGGAAGUUCAGGGAGUUUGUAGGGUCAGUCAAUCAGAUCAUUGGGAAGGACGCGAAAAGGGACACCAACCUGAAGGUACGGACUUCAUGACCUCACAGCCACAGCUAACCAAUGAGCAGCAGUCUAGGGUGGGGGAACCAGGAGGGUACUUGCAGAAAGGCUCUUCCCUCCCACAAGCUCAACAUCGAGUUAAUCAGGAUGCAGUUGACCUUAGGCCAAAAGUCAGAAACAGAUCCAUGUCAGACAUUGGAGUGACUCGGAGGUCUGCUGCAUUGCGAAGUAUGGAGCGUGCUGCUGGGCAAGAAACUGCCAUGGCAAUGGGGGCGGGGCUUCACUCUUGGGAUGCGGGCCCCGUGGCUAAUGGUGAAAUGGGCUCUUUGGACACUCGAGUUUCUGUGGCGAAGUUGAGACAUUCCUACUUGGAGAACGCUUCUGGACGCAGGCCUGAACUGGAAACUAAAGGAGAUAUUGUUCCUAUGGAGGCUGAUCCUGCUGUGAGUGGUGACCGGGAAAGAGGUGCCCGUCGGCCCCGGCGUUACAUUUCUUCUGGGGAUGACAGGAAGUCCUCUGAGAGGUUCAGAACCCAACCAAUCACGUCAGCUGAAAGACUGGAAUCUGAUAGGGCCCGCCUUAGUCCAGAGAUGGAACGUGCAGAGCAUGAGUUGGACGAAGAGAAAUUGGAUGAACGAGCUAAAAUGAGUGUGGCUGCCAAGAGAUGUCUCUUCAGGGAGUUGGAAAGAACUUCAGAUGGAGGUGUUCCCAAACCCCGGUCGCGCAAUGCUGCGGUCGAGCGGAGACUCAGACGAGCACAGGAUCGCUCACGGACACAACCUGUGACGCCAGAGGAAGUGGUCAUAGCCGCGACUUCCCCCACUCCCCCCACCCAAGUUAUCACUAUUCACACAACUGCUCCAAGAAUCCCGAUCCCUGCUGUAGUCAGCACCUCCACAACUAGCUUCAGCCUGCAGGCGUCUUCGGCGCAUGGCUCGGGUCACCAUGAGCAAGAAAAAGAGACGAUUCCAGAAGAGGAGGGGGUGGGUCAUGACGAGCCAGACCUAUCAACAUUAAGUCUGGGUGAGAAGAUGGCACUGUUUAACCGCUUAUCACAAGCCCCUGGCCCGUCAGCAAACGUACUGCGCCCUGACACCCGUCAACGUAGGGCCAAUCCUCGUUUCCAGACCCAACCCAUCACCCAGGGCGAGGUUGAACAGGAAUUUACACAUGACGUAGACACAUCCAGUCACACAGAUCGACCCGCUGUGACUAAUGAUUCUGUUGGUCCCCCUCAGAGCGAGCAACUACGACGUGGAAGUAUGAAAUUGGAGCCCCUCUCUGCAUUACUGGUCCACUCCCCUGCUGUAGCCACCACCCAGGCCUCUGUUGCCACGGUGACAAACGUUUCCCAGUCAAUGACCGCAGAUGUUCGCAUGGGGAUGUCCACGGCACCCACUUACACUCCGCCUUCCGUUCAGGGUUCGCCCAAUCAGACGGGCUCCGCUCAGCUCCCGGCAUAUGAGAGAGGGGUUCGAUACUUCAGUCUCACGGAGAGUGGGGAAAAUCGCACACCUGAUAUUCGGUCUCCGCCUUCCGUGGAGCAGCUCGGCCAGUCGCCUUACAGCAAGGGCGGAGCCUCGCCUUUUUCAGCAAGUGGAAAGAAACAAGAGGAAACUGGGUGGAGGGGCAGACUUGGUUACUUGGGAAGAGAAGAGAGAGAGUCCGAGUCCUCGCCGCAACGCACACAUGUGCUGAGACACACACCCCCUCACGGCAGGGGAGACACAGAGCUGAGGGGCCCGCGGGAGAGAGAGAAAGAGUGCUCGCCCGUCUCCCAAGGAGGCUUCUUGUCACCAGAUGCUCAUCAGACGGUUAGAGGAAGCAGUACAAGGACCGUCACCUCAGAUGUCCCCGAUCUCAAUAUAUCUACGCGAGCCGUGAGCGCCACCGUGGUCUCCUCCAGAAGUAUUUCACACACCUCUCAAACUCUUCCUUACCUCCAGCAAACACAGCCUGAAACACCUCCGCAACCUCAACGAAAUCCACCGCAACACACUCAAGUCCGCAUUCAGCCUCAGGCCUAUAGUCCGUCUGGGCAAACGCACCUGGUUUCAAACCCUCACACCUACAUAGACCCUCAGGCUCCUUCACGGCCUGAUCAGGUGUAUCUCGAACCCCAGCGUCAGACACAAUCCAGAAUACCACCACAGACGCAGCCGAAACCACAAUCUUAUCCUCCGUCCCAGUCACCUGCAUACAUACCCCCGCAACCAAAGACACGCCCUCAAACCCAGCCCAAACCCCAGUGCUUCAUACCCCCUCAAAUCCUACCCCAGGAGGAGAUCGAACACGGGCCACCUGAACCCGUUGUCUUGAAAGACCAAAGGCCAGAGAUCCUAGAAGAACCUGAAGAAGUCAUGACGUCGAUGUCCAUCAAAGAAAGGUUGGCCCUGUUGAAGAAGAGUGGAGAGGAAGAUUGGAAAAACAGGAUCAACAAGAAACAGGAAGUCAUUCAGGAAGUGGUGUCCGUAAGCGAGAAGAGUAGCCAAAUAUGGGAGGAGCAAGGCUUUAAGAAAAAGGAAGAGCAGACUGUUAUCAGUGAGUUUGCAGUAUCCGAGCAGCUCUGGGAGCCUGUCUUUUCUUCUACCUACUCUCCUCCUCCUCUUCCAUCUUCCCCAAAAUGCCAAUAUUUAGAGCAUCAGGGGCAGAAACUUGAAGAAGAUAGGGAGGGGCAGGUCUCUAUUGAAGCGAGGAAACAGAUGAUCUCUAUUCGGGAGGAGGCGUGGCAAAGUACAGGAAAGGGCGUUGCCAAUGACUCUUCACAAUACACUGUGGCUGCCAAGAUGGUGAAAAAAGGUCUGGCUGCGUCCUCUGCUGUUAUCAGCCCGAUUCUUUCCCCAGUAUCUGCUAAACUGAAGAGCAGCGUCGCCAAACCACAAGAAGAAAUUGAGGCCAGAGCAGAAAUGGAGUCAGAUAAGAAGCUGGAAAAGCUGGAGACGUUUUUGGGGCGUUUGAACAGUAAAGUGUCAGGUUUGCAGGAGACGACUUUGACUGUGACGGAGAAGGCAGUGAAGGAAGUGAUGCGGUUGGACGAUGAGAUCUUCUCCAAGUUUUACCGCCAUGUGACGGAUAUUCCCCGAAGCAUGAGCAGCAGGAUGCAUUUGGAAGAAGACUUUGAUGCCAUCUUUGGAAAACAAACACCCAAGUUGACGUCAGCGAUGGUGCAGCACAAGCGGGCCGUUCGUCCAUCUCGUAACGUCCAGGCCUCGAGGAAUCCCUUAAAAAUUCUGGCAGCGCGAGAUGACAUCCGUCAUGAGUACACCGAGCAGAGACUGAACGUCGGCCAGCUAGAGAGCAAGAGAAUGAAACAGGAGAAGAUGAGUAAGAGCACAAGUUUGUCGGAUGCGGCUUUGGCUGGUUUGGCCAGUAAAGAGAACUACAGCAGCGUGAGUCUGCGCAGCGUGAGCAUCUCAGAGCAGAUGAGCAAUAACAGCGCAGCUCCUUACAAAAAACUGAUGCUCAUGCAGGUCAAAGGCCGACGGCAUGUGCAGACCAGACUAGUAGAGCCCAGAGUGUCCUCUCUCAACAGCGGUGACUGUUUUCUGCUGGUUACACCUGAACAUUGUUUCGUUUGGAUUGGAGAGUUUGCAAAUGUCAUAGAAAGAGCAAAGGCAUCAGAACUGGCCACUUAUAUCCAGCUGAACCACGAUCUCAGCUGCCGAGCAACACAGGUGGAGACCGUUGAGGAAGGCGUGAACACUCAAUGUCCCAUAGCAGCUGAAUUCUGGAGGAUUCUUGGAGGACCAGGCAGCUACCAACCGGCCGGCUCUCCAGAAGAGGACGAGAUGUUUGAAAGCGCAGUUGUGGAGACGAACUGCAUCUUUCGUCUGGUGGAUGAUAAACUGCUUCCCGAUGAUGAUUUCUGGGGAAAAGUGCCUCGCACUUCCCUGCUGGGCUCUAAAGAGGUGCUUGUGUUUGACUUUGGUAGUGAAGUUUACGUCUGGCACGGUAAAGAGGUGACGCUGGCACAGAGGAAGGUGGCGUUUCAGCUGGCCAAACAUCUUUGGAACGGCACCUUCGAUUAUACCAACUGUGACAUCAACCCGCUGGACCCCGGAGGACACAACACUCUCAUACCAAGGAAAGGUCAAGGACGUCCUGACUGGGCCAUAUUUGGUCGUCUGACUGAACAUAAUGAAACAAGUCUCUUUAAAGAGAAGUUCCUGGACUGGAAAGAUGCUUCUAGACUGUCACCUAAUACAGUCAUGGAGCAGCCCGUUCAGAUGAAGGAGUCACCGGUGACAGAGUCUGGUUCUGAAUGUCGGGCGUACAACGCUUCUCUGAUGCUGCCCGUUCUGCAGUCAAACAUUAGCACAGUUCUGGACGGUCAGGAUGUGGGUCGAGGGCACGGUCCGGUGGAGAGCACCUCUGAGGACAGCUUUAGGUCUCUGGAGAUCAGCACCGUAGCAGUCGACAUCUGGCACAUUCAGGAGUUCGACUACAGCCGCCUACCCAAACAGAGCAUUGGCCAGUUUCACGAGGGAGACGCUUACGUGGUGAAAUGGAAGUACAUGGUGAGCGCCGCAGUUGGAAGCAGACAGAAACCGGAUCAGGUACGAAGUGCUGGUCCAGGUCGAGAGAAGUGCUGCUAUUUUUUCUGGCAGGGCAGGAACUCUACGGUCAGUGAGAAAGGCACGUCUGCGCUCAUGACCGUUGAACUGGAUGAGGAGCGGGGAGCUCAGAUGCAAGUCCAGCAGGGAAAGGAGCCGCCCUGUUUUCUGCAGUGUUUCAGUGGGGGGAUGAUCGUGCAUUGUGGGAAAAGAGGAGAGGAGGAGGAUAACAUACAGAAUGAAUGGCGUCUGUAUUGUGUGCGUGGUGAAGUGCCAGUAGAGGGCCACCUGCUGGAAGUGGCCUGUCACUGCAGCAGCCUGCGAUCACGCACCUCCAUGGUGCUUCUGAACAUCAACAAAGCUCUGAUCUACCUGUGGCACGGGUGCAAGACUCAAAUCCACACCCGACCUGUAGCUCGAAAAUCUGCUGAGAAAAUCAAAGAACAGCGUCCGCUGGAGGCGGGGCUUCAUAGUAGCUGCAACGUGACCAUUCACGAAUGUGAGGAAGGUGGUGAGCCAUUGGAAUUCUGGGAAGCAUUGGGAAGAAAAGACCGCAAGGGUUAUGACUGCAUGCUGCAAGACCCGGGCAAGUUCAACUUCACACCCCGACUCUUCCAGCUCAGUAGUUCUUCCGGGGAGUUUGUAGCGCUGGAGUUUUUCAAUCCAUCCAGAGCAGCAGAUCUGGUUUGCUCCCUGCCCUUUCUACAGGAGGACCUGUACUCCGCCCCUCAACCAGCUUUGUUCCUAGUGGAUAACUAUCAUGAAGUUUACCUGUGGCAGGGCUGGUGGCCGCAAGAUACAGAGAGCACCGGCUCUGCCCGCAUCCGCUGGGACUCAGACAGGAAGUGCGCCAUGGAAACUGUGCUGCAGUACUGCAGAGAGAAGAAUGAGAAGAAACCUCAGAAGUCCUACCUGAUCCAUGCUGGACUGGAGCCUCUGACCUUCACAAACAUGUUCCCCGUUUGGGAGCACAGAGAAGAUAUCGCUGAGAUCACGGAGAGGGAGGCAGAAGUGUAUAAUCAAAUCAUUCUGGUCGAGGAUGUUUUGGCCAGACUCUGUCAGAGCAUCUAUCCGCUCUCAACAUUGCAGACCCGCCCCCUUCCCCAGGGAGUCGACCCCUUGCGAAUCGAGAUGUACCUCACGGAUGAGGACUUCGAGAGUGUGUUGGAGAUAAAGAGAGAAGAGUUUGAUGCUCUGCCGGGAUGGAAGCAAGUAAACCUAAAAAAAGCCAAAGGACUCUUUUAGAAACCUGACGACAGAAACGAUCGCUGUUUAUUUCCUCGAUGACCACCGGUUCUGCGGUCACCCCGAUUAUUUGACCUCUCCGUUGGUCAAGGGAGGCGAUUGCGCACUGAGAACAGGGUAAAGGGUCAGGUCAAAGGUCACUUUAGGAUCUACAGAUGCACCUGCUGUGGCGUCCGCUUUUGAUGUAUUUAUUACUGUACGUCUGUGGAAAUGAUGUGUAUGUGUCCUGACUCCUCGAAAUGUCCAUGUGCUACAACUUGACAGUCGCGAUUUUUCACGCGCAAUCUUUGUGCAGUAUGACGUCUAAAACAAGUUUAUUCACUCAUUUCGAUUUGUUUAAAAAACAGCAAACCCAUUCAUCAUGUCCAAAGUCAUGCACCUCUAUCUGUCACGCUUUGGUCUGAUGUGCAGUGGGGUUAUGUUGUAGUGUGUAUUUAUGUUUGACAAGUCUGCUAAUACUUUGAAAUUGUAUAAAAGAUUUUGUAGGAAACCAUGAAACGAUUCUUGUAAUGUUGUCAUAUGUCUUAGUCCCUUUUUUCAAGAGGAGUUUACAUGUCUGUGUUUUUUCUGUGUUUUGAGUGAAUGGCUGCUGGUUGAGAUCUCUUUAUGAGCUGUGAUGAGCUUCACGUCUGUAUUCGGACGGCACAAAAUAUUGGACGAACGAAAGAAAAUAAUUAAUUUAAAUGUACAGUAUAGUGCCUUGCUUUUGUGUACAGUUUCUAUACCAGACACACACUAGUCUGCAUUUCAAGGACUUUCUUUGUGAUAAAAGAAAU